UCAUUUUAUUUAAAAAAAUUAACGAAACCGCGGUGUCACGAGGAAGCACGUGACUUGUCAGUGACGUCAUUAGAAGAUGGCGGCACUUGGGUGAGAAUGAGGAGAAAGGUUGCUUUUCGACUUUAAAAGUGGUCACAGGCUAUCUGAAACUGGUGUAAUUUCCAAAAGUCAAGUAUAGAAGGAAAAAACCCACCAAUUUAAAUCGACUACAAUCUUUGAAAGUGAAUCGACAUGUCGGAAGAUUGGCAAAGCGUGGUUACAUCCAGAGACCGUGAUUGUUUGGGUUGUAGGUUAGUAAGUGGGGGAGGAUUGAUCGGCGCCGGUAUUUACGUCGCUUACCAUUCGAAACAAUUUAACAAAAUCACUGGGAAAUCGGUGAUGUUCUCCUUUGCCGCCGUAUUAGCCGGUCUUGGGACUGCUAGAAUCAUGAGGCUGCCGCCGUUCGAUAGUUUUGGAAACGCCUGAUUGUACAGAGAAUUCGAAUCUGGAAGGACGUGAGCAUUUUUCAACAGUGAAAUAAAAAUGCGACGAAUAACGUCGACUCUUUCCGUAGUUGAGGAAAAAUAAACGUUUGAUGAAAACAUGUUCGAAGACUCAA